UUACAAUAUAACAAUAUAACAAUAUAAUCGAUGAAACGUGAUAAUACGCAACCAAUGGUUUUGGAGGAGCAGCUACUGCCGGUUAAAUGUAUCAAUAAUUAUUAAGUUAGACACAAUAAAUAAUCCAAAUAAAAAACGACAAAUCUGCGAAUAAAAUAUUAUCAUAAUAUUGACCUUGUGACUUAUGUAAUAUCUGGUAAUAGUCGUCUAAUUAUUUUAGUCAAUGUUCUCCGUGUUCAUUUUUUCCCACUCAGACGUCCCGGAGUACGUAACUAAAAAUAGUAAAACUAUUAUCGUAUAUUUCUAAUGUAUACCAGUAAUAAUUUGUAACAUUUUAACAUUUAAUGUUCAUUGUGCUUUUUAUAGGCUGUUCAUUGAUAAUGGUUAAAUAAUCGGAUGCGUUUAUUAAAUAACAAAAACUAUAUUAUUAUUCAUGGUAAAUACAUACUAUCUACAUUAUUUAUUUAAACUAUAUCAAUGUUUAUAAAUUGUUUUUACUGUGAUGCUUUUCAGGAUGUAUGUUUCAAAUAUUAAAAUCAUUUCCAUUAAACGCCUACCCGUGACUUGAACUCUUUAUUAACAAUUAUUAAAAUAGGUAAGUAACACAUUUUGUUCGCACAAAUUAAAUUUAAAAAUAUUAAUUUAUUAUAUAACAUUUUUUCCUACACGUAUACAAUUUCAUUGUUAAUCACAAUAAUGUUAAUAAUAUAGAUAAUAUAGGUACUUCAAAAUGAUUGAAUUAAAUUAAAAUUCUGCAGACAAUCAGUUAUCAUAGCUACAUAAAUUAUCGAUUAAAAAAUAUUAACUAUAAAGGAUGAAACACAAAAAUAUUCUAUACAUUUACUUUCAAAAUGACUAGGUAGUUGUAAUAAUUAGUUUGUAUAAAGAGAACGCUAUAUACUGUCUCAAUCUUACUAACUAACAACUGUUUCACUACUUAAACCUUAAGUUGUAUUUUUAUUGAAAUAAGAGUUAAAAUACAAAUCAAAAAUUUUAAAAAAAGUACUUUUUUUUUUUUUUUUGUUGGCAGUGUUUUGCUGUUUUUCUUAAGUAUUGUCAAGCAAGUUAUAGCGAUUUUAGUUUCUGUUUUUACUUUUAAAAUAGCAACAUACUACCCUCAAAAAAAUUUACUCCUCUUUAAACUGUUUAAUUUAUGUUGAAAACUCUAAUUUCUACCCAAACACCAUAUUGUAUGAUCUAAAUAACUUAAUUUUGCUACUUUUGUCCAUUAGUUACUCUGAAAGUAACUCGCAGUAAAUGCGAAUAUAGUCUCUUAAUAAAUAUGUAAAUAUUGGCAUUGCUUCUAAUAAAUUUUAUCAUACUCUAAUUAUAAUCUAGUAAUAUUAAUAAUUAUUGAUUUCUUUAACAUUUAUUAUUUUUACCUAUAUUUAUAUAUAUUUUUUUUUUCUUUUUUCAGGGAAAAUACUAAUCAUGUUCAAAUAUACAUAUAUCUAUGCAAUUGUUUUUCUGGACUUGAUCAGCAUUAGUCUCAUCAUACCCGUAUGGGGUACUCACUUACGCUCUCUAGGAGCGAAUCACUUUAAUAUUGCCCUACUGGGAUCUACGUAUUCAUUUCUUCAAUUCCUAUCUGGCACACCUAUUGGUGCUCUUAGUGACCACUACGGUCGAAAAGUAGUGCUUUUUGUUACAAUCGUUAUUUGUGCCUUAUUCUAUUUCCUUCUGGGCUGUGUUAAAUCUUUCGCGUUAAUUGCGUUAAUCCGUGUUAUUCAAGGAUGUCUGAAACAUUCACAACUUUUAUGCAAAACAUUAGUCAAUGAUCAAGUACCUACUGACCAACAAACUGCAGUUUAUGGCCGAAUGAAUGGAUUUUCAUCGCUGUCAUUUGUUAUCGGCCCAAUUAUCGGUGGACAUCUCAUGGAAAAAAGUGAAGGAUUUUAUAGUUUGGCGUGUUACACAUCAAUGAUAUUCUUAGUCAAUGCUUUAGUGGUUUGGUUUACAGUUCCAAACACAACGGUACCAAAAAAAGAAAGAAAAAAUGCAUCGCCAUUUAGAGAUUUAGUAGAAGUAAAUUGGAAAGAAUGUUGGCCUGCGUUCUCGUUGAAAAUGUUAGGUGCUGCAGCACUGUUUGCUUACUUUAGUACUGUAGGUCUUGCAAUGAACGAAAAGUUCAAUUUGUCUCCAUCAGAAGCCGGUUAUACAGGUGCUUUACAAGGACUUACUGGUGGCAUAACCGGGUUUGCAGCUGGAAAAAUAGAAAACAUAAUUCCCACAAAAAAUCCAUUUACCAAAUGUGCGUAUUCAUUUGGAUUAUUAGGCGCAGGCUUUGUUGGCUUAGCUUUGGCUCCAAAUUUAGUUUUAUUUAUGGCGGCCAUGAUUCCAAUCAGUGCGUCCAGUACUCUAAUACGGGGCUUCAACAAUGAAAUAAUGUAUGAGCAGUCAUCAUCUGAUCAUAAGGGUCUUGUCGCUGGCGCUGGAGCCAGUGCGGCUGCAAUAUCAAGAUUUAUAGCUCCAAUAGUGUGUGGAUUUACAAUGGAUACAUUUGGCAAUAACUCUGGAUUUUUGUUAUCUGCAAUCUUUGCAUUUACCGGAGCAGUGUUAUCAUUGUUUUUAACGAAUAAAUCAAAACAUCACGUUGAAUAAAUUAUAAAAUAUGUAGUAAUACAACUUUACAACUUUACCAAAUUAUAAAUAUAUAUUUGGUUUAGAGUUAUAAACUGAAAUAAAGUACUGGUUUUCAAACAAAAAGAUGCUAUUAUUGUUAAUUAAUAUUAAUUAUAAUGUUAAUUUAUUUUUUAUUACAUGUUAGACAUUCAAAAUUUCAGAAACAAUAUAUGAUUUAACACAUUUAAAUUUUAAAAUCCAGGUAUACAGGUAGCACAUAGGUAAUAAGUGUUAAAUAUUUAUAAAUUACUCUGUAUUUAUUUUUUUUUUUUUUACAUUGUUUAUGUACCAGUUAUAUAAUAUUAUGUUUGUUUUUUUUAAAGCAAGUCGUUAUAAACAUUAAAAUAUUUACUUUGAUGGUUUAAUCUAAUAACAUGUAACAGGUAGUAGUAAAAGAUAUUAUUGAAUAAUAAAUAGUUUUCGAAUAUAUUUAUAUUAAUCUCUAUACAAGUAUAUAUUGUUUAUCUUUUUCAAAAUGUUUGUAAUGGAUUUAAUUAUAUUUGGAAUAACAUAGAUAAUAAUGCUUGUUGGAAAAUAUUUAAAGUGAGAAAAAUUAUUUUUAUCUGUGAUUUUUGUUAAAUAAUGAUGUAAUAUUAAGACCAAUAUCAUGCACAAAAGAUGAAAUUUAAAGAGAUUUUAAAUGUUUAAUUUGUUAUAUCUAUCAAUUUUUAACUCACUUAGACCUAUUGAAUUGCAUACUAUACUAUUUGAACUAAAUCAAAUGACUGUGUACCUACAGGUAUAUAUCACCCUUGUAAACUAACACCUCCAGAUCUUAUGUGUUUCAUUGCCAUAAGAGUCAAAAUAUUAUUAUAUUCAUUUUAAUUAUAAGUUACAUAAAAUAUUAAGAUAUAUUAUAGAUGUACAAUUUAUUGUUUAGGCUUAAAGUGAAAAUGUGAAAUUUAAGUCAUUGAAUUAAGUAUUGAAUACUUUAUCAGUUUGUGUUUUAUGAUAUUUAAAAAAUAAUAUAUUUGUAUAUUUGUGUGAUAAUGUCAAUAAAAUAAGUUUAUAAAUACUUA